CCCGUGCGCUAUUUCUACCUGCAGGCCGUGAACGCGGAGGGCCUGAACCUCACCCGCUCGCCCCCAGGGCAAACACUGUUCAAGGUAGUCAUCAAAUCUCUUUCACCGAAAGAGGUAGUCCGGGUUCAUGUCCCCAAACCUUUGGACAGGAAUGAUGGGACAUUUUUGGUGCGAUAUAGGAUGUAUGAAACUGUCCAUGAAGGGCUGAAGAUAGAGGUCCUUUAUGGUGAUGAACAUGUGGCACAGUCUCCCUAUAUUUUGAAAGGCCCAGUGUACCACGAGUACUGUGAGUGUCCGGAAGAGGAUCCUCAGGCCUGGCAGCAAACUCUUUCCUGUCCAACCAAGGAACCACAGAUUGCCAAAGAUUUCGCCUCUUUCCCCAGCAUCGAUCUCCAGCAGAUGCUGAAUGAAGUGCCAAAAAGGUUUGGGGAUGAGAGGGGCGCCGUUGUCCAUUACACGGUCCUCAAUAACCACGUCUACCGGAGGUCUUUGGGGAAAUACACAGACUUCAAAAUGUUCUCCGAUGAGAUUUUGCUGUCACUGGCAAGGAAGGUCCUUCUCCCCGAUGUAGAGUUUUAUAUUAAUCUUGGAGAUUGGCCUCUGGAGCAUCGAAAAGUCAAUGAAACCCCUGGCCCUUUACCUAUCAUUUCAUGGUGCGGCUCCCUGGACUCACGAGACAUUAUUCUUCCAACAUAUGACAUCACCCACUCCACACUGGAAGCCAUGAGAGGCGUCACAAACGAUCUCCUCUCUAUUCAGGGAAAUACAGGGCCUUCCUGGAUCAAUAAAACAGAGAAAGCUUUCUUCAGAGGUAGAGAUAGCCGAGAAGAGAGGCUCCAGUUGGUACAGAUGUCCAAGGAAAACCCAGAGCUCCUAGAUGCAGGAAUUACAGGAUAUUUCUUUUUCCAAGAGAAAGAAAAGGAGCUUGGAAAAGCUAAAUUGAUAGGUUUCUUUGAUUUCUUUAAGUACAAGUACCAAGUGAACGUGGAUGGGACCGUGGCUGCGUAUAGAUAUCCAUACCUCAUGCUGGGCGACAGUUUGGUUCUGAAGCAGGACUCAACAUAUUAUGAACAUUUCUAUAUGUCACUAAAGCCUUGGAAACAUUACGUCCCAGUUAAAAGAAAUCUUAGUGAUUUACUAGAGAAAAUUAAGUGGGCCAAGGAAAAUGAUGAGGAAGCCAAGAAGAUUGCAAAAGAAGGGCAGCUGAGGGCCAGGGACGCCCUGCAGCCACACCGGCUCUACUGCUACUAUUACAGAGUGCUCCGGGAAUACGCCGAGCGCCAGUCCAGCAAACCUGAAAUACGUGAUGGAAUGGAACUUGUCACUCAGCCAGAUGAUAACACAUCCGUGUGCCAGUGCCACCGGGAAAGACCUUCCAGAGAAGAGCUGUAAGUCAGCUCACAUGCACACCCCUGCGUGUGCCGCCGACGCCUUGCCUGCAAGCAUGCAGAUCUUAGGGGUAGAGCCCACCCUGGGUGGCGCAGUUCAGGAGACUUCCGUGCAUGGACAGAGCAGUAGGAGCACGACUAUGACAAGUGUCUUUGAAUGUUACUUCCUUUUGUGUCAAAACUACUAUUAUCAGCAUCACAGUUUAUUUUUUAAAAAGAAAACUUGCGAGUCAUAGUAGAUAGGCUUGCCAAAAUAUAAACCACUCUCUAGGAAA